GGCGGCCACAGCGCCGGGGCCGAAGGCGCCGCCGGGCGAGAGCGGCGGCCCCGCCGCCUCCGCCCUGUCCAUGCAGCGCAUCCAGUCGCUGACCGAUCUGGCGGACCUGGAGGCCGCCUACAGCCGGCUGUGCGAGGAGGAGAGGGGUUUGAUACGGACUGAGCCGUCCCUGGGUCGGUGUCGCCUCCGCGGAUCCCUGAAUCGCGAGCAGCCUGGAGAUGUUGGGAUGUCGUGCGCUGGAAGCCCGGCCAGGGGAGGAGUUUGUGGGUUAUCUGACUUAAAAGCGGUGUGAUGAGGAUUCCAAAACCGAUGCUUUCAAAUAGGAAAAAAUAGACUUAGAGGGUUAAAGAGAGCUUAGAAAGGAUUGAUUUGUCCUAAAGUCGUGCAGGACGAGCUGGACGCCCUCCUGGAGCAGCAGAGCACCAUAGAGAAUAAGAUGGUUGCCCUGCAUCGCAUGGGCCCCAAGCUGCAGCUGAUCGAGGGGGAUGCCCAGCAGCUGGCAGGGAUGAUCACCUUCACCUGCAGCCUGGCCGAGAACGUCAGCAGCAAAGUCCGGCAGCUCGACCUGGCCAAGAACCGGCUCUACCAGGCCAUUCAGAGAGCUGAUGACAUCCUUGACCUGAAGUUCUGCAUGGAUGGAGUUCAGACAGCCCUGAGAAAUGAAGACUAUGAGCAAGCAGCAGCUCACAUCCAUCGCUAUCUGUCUCUGGACAAGUCUGUGAUUGAGCUCAGUCGUCAGGGCAAGGAAGGGGGAAUAAUUGAUGCCAACCUGAAACUCCUGCAGGAAGCAGAGCAGCGUCUGAAGACAAUUGUUACAGAGAAAUUUGACACAGCUAUGAAGCAGGGAGACCUGCCCCAGGUGGAACGGUUCUUCAAGAUCUUUCCUCUGCUAGGCUUACAUGAAGAUGGGCUGAGCAAGUUCUCUGAGUACCUCUGCAAGCAGGUGGCCAACAAAGCAGAAGAGAACCUGCAGCUGGUGAUGGGGACAGACAUGAGUGACCGUCGAGCUGCUGUCAUCUUUGCAGACACCCUGACACUCCUCUUCGAAGGGAUUGCUCGCAUUGUGGAGACCCACCAGCCCAUCGUGGAGACCUACUAUGGGCCAGGGAGGCUCUACACCCUCAUCAAGCACCUGCAGGUGGAGUGCGACCGGCAGGUGGAGAAGGUGGUGGACAAGUUCAUCAAGGAGAGGGACUAUCACAGGCAGUUCCAGCAAGUCCAGAAUAGCAUGAUGAGGAGUUCUUCUGCAGAGAAGAUUGAACCAAGGGAGCUUGACCCCAUUUUAACAGAAGUCACUCUGAUGAAUGCCCGCAGUGAGCUCUACUUGAGGUUCAUCAAGAGACGAAUAAUAGCUGAUUUUGAGGUGGGAGAUGCCAUGGCCUCAGAGGAGGUAAAGCAAGAGCAUCAAAAAUACCUGGACAAGCUCCUCAACAACUGUCUGCUGAGCUGCACCAUGCAAGAGCUCAUUGGCUACUACAUCACCAUGGAAGAAUACUUCAUGAGGGAGACUGUCAACAAGGCUGUUGCCAUGGACAGCUAUGAGAAGGGCCAGCUCACCUCCAGCAUGGUGGAUGAUGUGUUUUAUAUAGUGAAGAAGUGCAUUGGGCGUGCUCUGUCCAGCUCCAGCAUAGACUGUCUCUGUGCCAUGAUCAACCACUCCACCACUGAGCUGGAGUCUGACUUCAGGGAGGUUCUGUACAACAAGCUGAAGCAGGGCUUCCCAGCCACGACAUUCCAGGACUUCCAGAGAGGGGUGACCAGUGCUGUGAACAUCAUGCACAGCAGCCUGCAGCAGGGCAAGUUCGACACCAAAGGCAUUGAAAGCACUGACGAGGCCAAGCAGUCCUUUCUGGUGACCUUAAACAAUGUGGAAGUCUGCAGUGAAAACAUCAUGACCCUAAAGAAGACUUUGGAGAGUGACUGCAGCAAACUACUUAGCCAAGGAUUCGGGGGUGAGCAGGCACAGGCCAAGAUCGAGAGCUGCCUCUCGGACAUGGCUGCUGUCUCCAACAAAUUCCGGGACCUGCUGCAGGAAGGUCUCAAUGAGCUCAACAGCACAGCCAUCAAACCCCAGGUGAAGCCAUGGAUCAACUUAUUCCUCUCUGUCUCCCACAACAUUGAGGAGGAGGAGUUCAGUGACUAUGAGGCCAAUGAUCCCUGGGUCCAGCAGUUCAUCGUCAAUCUGGAACAGCAGAUGACAGAGUUCAAGGCUGGACUGUCUCCAGUGAUUUAUGAUACUCUCACUGGUCUUAUGACCAGUCUCAUAGCCAUUGAACUGGAGAAAGUGCUGCUCAAAUCCACCUUCAGCAGGCUCGGCGGUCUGCAGUUCGACAAGGAGCUGAGGUCCCUCAUAGCCUAUCUCACCACAGUCACCACAUGGACUAUCCGUGACAAGUUUGCCCGUCUUUCCCAAAUGGCCACCAUCCUCAACCUGGAAAGGGUGACAGAGAUUCUGGAUUACUGGGGUCCAAACUCGGGCCCGCUCACCUGGCGCCUGACUCCCGCCGAGGUGCGGCAGGUGCUGGCUCUCCGCAUCGACUUCCGCAGCGAGGACAUCAAGCGCCUGCGCCUGUAGUUGGUCCCUGCUUGGAUCAGCACCACGCUGCAGCUAAGGGCAGGAAGGUUGCAGUCCUGGAGCCUGCCCACAUCCUGUCCUGGGGCUGUUUGAUGGUGUGGCAAUGGGAUGAUGUCUGCCCUUCUGCUCGCAUUCCUUGGAGCAAAGGGUUUUCCUGGGCCUGGUGAGAAGACCUGCCGUCCUUCUGUGGGAGCAGAAACAUGGCACCAGAGGAAUCUCUCAUGCUGAGAGCAGGAUGAUGCUGUUUCUCAGAACACAGGCCAGUGCCUGCUCCUGACUCCCUGUGCUCUGCUGCCCUGCAGGAGGCCACAGGCCAGGACAGGUGGGGUUCAAAUAUGGGUCUGCUGCUGCAGCUGUGUUCCCUCUGUGCCCCCAGUUUAAGGGUCAGCUUCUGGAGUCACAAAUGCUGAGCCCUGGCUCUCUCCUGGUGGUGGUGGGAACUGUUCUGUGGAAGGGAAAAGGAGUGAUUUCCUUGGGAAGGUGCUUGGAAAAUCACUAGAAAGCCUCUGAAGGAAGUGGGGCUGUGUCCCUGCUGGCUCUGUACAGUUAUUCUGUAAAUAAACCUUGCUUGGUUGAGUUGCA